GCAAAUGAUACUUCCUGUUUAAUUUCAAAGGGAAGCGGUAAAAGAAAAACAAGACAAGAUUUUAAAAAUUGUAAGCCUUAAAAUCUGGAGAAUUCUGUUUUUGAUUACAAUAUCAAAGAAAUAAAAUGGAUGAAAACUUGCUGGAGUUGAGUGAGAAUUGUGAGAACUCGCUGUCUGGGGAUACCAUGCCUCCUUUAUUGAUGGGCACUCCACCGGUGGUGAAGAAGUCCAUUCUGAAACCUUCACAGCAAGACAACCUCAUCCAGCUCUGUACUCCUGUCCACAAAGGACUCAAGGUGAAAUUUGAAACGCCCCAUAAUGUCAAAAAGUCAACACCCACUCGCUUUGAGGAUAUACGAGUACUGGACGAGAAAGAGAACUGGUCAGAACGCACGGCCGUUGUCACUAAAGCGCAACACCAGGAGUACCUCAAAAUGGCUCGCGAAAUUAUGCUGGAAGUUAUCAAUAAAUUACCAUUGGAGGAAAAAGAGGAAAUGGAAACAGAAAAUUCACAAAUGAAAGAUGUUUCAGUAGAUAAAAACCCUCAAAAAGACUCUGCAGUUCUAAAUGAGGAAGAGGGGGAAAGUCAUCAAACUGAGGAGCUGAGGAACUCUGAGGGAAAUGAGGACAAGGAAACUGAGGAGAUUUCAGUGGAGCCCUCAUCACCUCCCCUGUCUGCAGCCAAGGGAAGUUAUGAUAUUGACUUUGACAACUUGGAUGAAGUGAAUCCAUUUGUGACCAAAGCAGCAGUGCAGAAUUCUCCUGUAUCAAAGACCGGCAGCAGUUUAGACCAGAGUUCUCCAAAAGAAGAUAGAAAAGAAGAAGAGGGAGAUGAUGCAGAGAGAAAGGAAAGCAAUACCUCCUUGUCAGAGCUACAGAGUGUGAAAGACAAUCCAUUCAUCAGGUUAAUCGAGUCUCCAGCCAUAAAGGACAAGAAACAGGGACAACUUCUGGAUGCCAUUGUAGCCGAGCAAUCGGAUGAUAUAUUCAGUCAGAGUUUUGAGGACAUUGAUCCUUUUCAGCCCAAGAAGCAACUUAUGAACAGUCCAGAUCCAACUCAAAAGACAAAUUGUUCUGAUUCAAAUCCAGAUGGUGUAAAGAACUCUAAUGUUAAAGACACAGACGAAAAUGUAGAUCCAUUUGCUACCAAGACGAAUGUCAUGAACACACCUCCCAAGAAGAAGGACGACGGUAUAGAUGGCCAUUUUUCAACAGAACUGGAAAAUUCCCAGGCUGAGCCCAUGGAGGUAGAUGACAUUGCUGACCCAUUUGCAAUCAAAUCUAAAGUAGAAAGUUCCUUGGGACCAAUGUUGGAGCAAGAGGGGACAGAUCCUUUCCAAACUAAAUCCAAGAUUGUCAAUAGUCCAGGCAUGCAGCACUCAGAAAUGGAAACAUCUGAUCCCUUUGCAACUGUUUCUAAAGUUCAAAAUUCUCCAACAAAUGAUGUUGUUACUGAAAAUGCAAAUCCCUUUCCAAUGCAAACUAAAGUAGAAAGUUCAUCAAUGGAAACAGAUGAAGAUCCUUUUGCAACAAAGUCAAAGGUUGCAAAUUCACCUAAUGCAAAAGAAAUUAAUGAAGACAUUAAUCCAUUUGCAACAAAAACGAAUUUGGUGAACUCCCCUAUAUGUAAAGGUGCAAAUGAUGAAACUGACCCUUUUGCAACCAAAUCAGAAAUUGCAAUUUCUCCAGUUCAACAAAAUGCAACAGAAGAAAUGGACCCUUUUGCAGCCAAGUCAAAAGUUGCAAAUUCUCCAGCUGAACUAAAUGCAACAGAAGAAAUGGACCCUUUUGCAACCAAAUCAAAAGUUGCAAAUUCUCCAGCUCAACAAAAUGCAACACAAGAAAUGGACCCUUUUGCAACCAAAUCAAAAGUUGCAAAUUCACCAAACGGAAAAGAGUUGGAUCCAUUUGGAACCAAGUCCAAGGUUGCUAAUUCUCCCACCACAACAAAUAAAAAAGAGGAAACUGAUCCCUUUGCAACAAAAAAUAAAAUGGCAAAUUCACCACUUUCUGCAACAAAACCUGAUAAUUCAGACCCAUUAGCAGUAAAUUCAGAAGUAGCAAAUUCCCUUAAAGUCUGUGAGAAGCCAACUGAAAACAAGGAAAAUUCCAUCAAUAAAAAUGAGGAAUCUACCUCAAUAAAACUCGGGAAGAAUGAGUUUGAGAGGGAUCUGAUGGGAAGUGAGACCAGUGCUAGUCCAUUUUCUGGACUGCAUGCUAGCAAAUUACACAACUCCUCUUCUAUCCUUCAGGAUGACCCCUUUAAAACCCCUACUGGUCCAGCAAAAAAGACGCCCAGGAAGACGUGUCCUUUCACGAUGAGUGAGUUUGGUCUCUGUGACGAUGACUUCAAACCAGCCAGCUCCACAUUGUUCAGUGAUCCGGCAGAUUUUGACGUCUUGGAACAGUUUGGAACCAAUAAAGUGAUAGCGGAAUCAGCCCUGUCACGACUGUCACUGUACGUCAAGUUUGACCCCUUGGUGGACCUUCCGGUGACAGAUCCUCGCCGGGCCAGCAUUGACGUGAGGCGGAUGAGUAUGAGGCGUGGCAGUGUCUACGACCAGAAGCUGAGACAGCUAGAAGCUGAGGAGAGCAUGGUAUUGAUGGGGACACCACCCCGUGGUGCCAGUCACAGCCGAGUGGCCCCAGUGGUCAAGAACCACACCCCAAUCUCUAACAACCCGGGCCCAGCGUCUAAUCCAGCUGCGCUAGACCUAUUGUGUUCCGACACCCCGGAGGGAAAAACGUCCAAGGGAAAACAAACGGAAUUUACAGAUGUUAUCAAGGACACUCUGUCUCUGAACCAGAAAACGGACAAUGGUGAAAUCAUCGAGGUGUUGCAAUACACAGAGGCGGAUAUCCUGAGAAUAAAACAAAACUUAGCAAUGGAGUUCCAGGGCAUUCUGCUGGACAAUCAGAGAGAAUGGAGCAAAAAGUUGGCAGAGAAGGAGAAGGAACUCGGGAAGAAGGAAGAAGCGAUGAAGGAGGAGGUGGCGAAGAGCCAGGAGAAGUGUCAGAAAGCCGAGGAAGACACCAAGCAAAUGAUAUCAGUUGUAAAGGAAUAUCAAAUCAUAAUCGAUCAGCUGUUGGGAGAAAAAGAGAAGUUGAAUGGCCAGUUAAAAGAAACAAAACAGGAAUUGCAGAAAGUAAAAGAUCAGGCUGUGCAAGACGCCCAGUCAGUGGACACCAUAGAAGCCUCGUUUUCAGCUUUGCACAAACGAUUUGAAAAGUCCAAGGAACUUCUGAUAACUGCUAAAAAGAAUGAGGAGACACUGAAGGCCUGUGUGGAAGACUAUCAAGGCAAGCUGCAGAAGACUGAAGAGCGACUCCUCAAACUGAAGGAAGUGGCGGAGGAGAAGCUCAAAGCUGCACACGAAUCUCUUGAGAAAGUGAAAGCUAACUCGGCAUCGGAGACAACCCGACUUCAGGCCCUGGUGAAAAGAAAGGAGAUGCAACUAGAAAGCACGGAGAAAUCGCUGGAACAAAAGACAAAAGAAUUCCAGGACUUGACUGAAUUGUGUGACCAACUCAUGCAGAGACUGGAAUCCGGAGGCAACGACCUUUAGUGAUGGCGACCACCUCUAGUGAUGACGACAACCUCUAGUGAAGGCGACAACCUCUAGGGGUGGUGACAACCUCUAGUGAUGGCGACAACCUCUAGGAAUGGUGGUGACCUUAUAGUGAUGGCCAUUGGCCACAUACAUUUUGUGAGCCCCAAAACGUUCAUAGGGCUGAAGUUCAAGGCUCGGACCAAUGUUAUUAAAGCAGAGAUGUUUGGUUGAUUUUUUAAAAUCAUAGUGCUUUGUCAGCAAAUCUUACCGUUUGUACUGAUAUUUUUUUUUUAGAAUGACAUUAAAUCCCACAAAACAUAUAUCUAUUUUAUGAAUAUUGAAGAUGUUUGAAUAUGAUUUUUUGAGUGUGGAUUGUGGUUGACCAUGCUUUAUUAAGAUGUGUACAUGUACAUUUUGUUCAUUUCAUGCAUGGUUCAUGUUAAUAUGGUCAUACUCCGAAAUCUCUUUAAAUGAUGUUAUGUGUUAAAGAUCCUUGUUUAUGUUUAAAAGGGAAGGUUUGCAUAUAUUAUAAAGUAGUGUUUAAGAGUUAGAGAAGCGUUAAUUUGUUUAGUUUAUAGAAGUCAAAAAUGAAUUCAAAAAAUUGAUGUAUUAUUAAUUCUCUGGCACUGCCACAUUAGGCCAAAUGCUGCUACAUUUAUUUAUUUAUUGCUAUCACAUUGAAGAGGGGAAGAUAUAACUCUAUACGCAAUUUCAAGUUAAAAUAUUCCCCUUUCCAAAUCUUGCAAUAAAAAAAGAAAUACAAGUUUGCCAUUAUAAUUUGAACUUUUUGGCCCAAGAACCAUUGCAUUGGUUAUUUUUUUUUAUGGCAUAAUGUAUAUUCUUGAAUUAUGAAGGGGAAUAACCAUGUCAGAGAGGACAUAUUUAUUAGUUUUAGGUAAAUAUUUUAGGUACCAAUAGAUGAUACUUAGUAAAUGUGUAUGUCUGAGAAAGUGAUCAUUUCUAUACACCAAGGGAUAGAUGUGCCUUUUGGCAAAGUUUGUCAUUUCUUUCUUUUUUCUUCUUUGUCUAUAUACUCCUAACUUUGAUGUAAAGAAAUAAAAUUUUGAAAUGCCUAAAA